GAGUGGCCGAACGAGAGCUUGCCAAUGCUUUGGCGGAGAAAGUCCUCGAGCGCUUAGGAGGUGCGGCAGGCUCAGAGUUUGCAGCUGAUUUCUGGAGUCUGUCUGAUGGAGGUGAUGAAGGUGAGACUUCUACUCGACACAGGAAGCGCGCCAAGCCCGCGAAAUCUGAGACGAAAGAGAAGGUGCUCAAAAUCAUCGCAGUGAACGCUCACGGCUGGCCUUCUGGAGAAUCGAAGGGGCUUGGUCUGUGGUUGUGGCAGGCUUACAUGAAUCAUGCAAACCCUCGUGAAGCGAAUUGCGCGUGUGUCUUUAUUGGGGAGGUCCUCCUCAUGCGGGCGUUGAAGAAGAUCACAGCAGAAGAGGAGUGCGUCCACUCCUACUGCCCACCCUCAGCCAGUUUUUCAGUGCGCUCGGCCAUCCUGAGGCACUGCGGAGUCCCCCUCGACCCGGCUUUCUCCCGGACGCAGAGGUUUUGGGAAGGCAAGGAUGAGGGCAGUGGAGCUUUGGGAGCAAGUCUGGCCUUGGCCCGCACCAUGACGGAGGAAGCAACCAGGGCGUUGCACGAGGACAACCGCCGAAAGGCAUGCGAGUUGUGGACGAAGGUACUGAGCUUACACGCUUCCGACCAUGAGAACAGGCGGGAGGACGACACAGAAUGCGCACCGGCACUGGCGGAGCUCUUGCGGCUACAGCUGCGAGCAGCCCGGUGCCUGGGCGACAUGCCCGCGGCGGCUGCGGUUCACGCUUCCCUAGCGGUCGCCCUGAGCGAUGAGCAGCCCCUGCAUGUGGAAGUCUUGGCACACUGGCUUGGGUACCUGCGCGCUGGCGGGAAGCAGAAGACGGCGAUGCAUGCCCUGAAUGAGGUGCGCCGAUUGAGUCGGUUUUGGUUGGGCAAAGCUGCAAGUCUUGCAGAAGCAUCUGAGUGGAUGGAGAGCUGCGGUUUGGGGCCGCGCCGCCUGUAG